UAGUACGCAGAUUAAACACAGGCAAUUAAUUUAUUGCAGCUAGUUUAGGUUAUUAGUGUUAAGUUUAAGUUUUAUGCUAUUCCAUACCUAUAUAUGUGCGACAGUGUGUCCAAUAAAACAUUGCUAAACACAAUGCUAAAGAGAAAUAUGGGUGGGCCAAUAAUAAUUCUCGUCUUUUGUGUAGCUUUAGUUAGCGCACAAGAAGACUUUACUUGCGAUAAAAAUAAUAAAAAUGCAGUUACAUACUUUAAUACAGCAUUGAAUUGUCCGGAAAACACAAUUUGCAAUGAUAGAUAUAAAUUGCUGAAUCGCGAGACUAAACCACGACCUUGCCUCGCUCCUUCCGACAUUUGCGAAUAUUCAUGUGGCAAAAACACGUCACUUGUAACAAUCAAUACUAUCAAUUUUGAAUGUGGUGCUGGACAAGUUUGCAAUAAAGAAAAACUGUCCUGUGAAGUUUGCAUCUGUGCAAGAGAUGCGUAUACAUGCACUGCUGAUGGCCAGGUUAAACUUACGGUUAAUGGAUAUGAAUUUUCGUGUGGAACAGGAUCUUCUUGUAAUGCGAAUUAUGCAGCACCUUGUGGAAUGUGCAUUAAAGAUGUAAACGAAGGUAAUGACGAUGAUGAUGACAACAAUGAACUUGGGGGCGAAGGAAGCGGCGAAGGGAGUGGUGGUGAUGACGAUGGCGGCGAUGACGAUGAUAUCUAGAGUCAAGCGAGUGGUGUCGAAGAAAUCUUUUUAUAAGAAACUCUUUACAAAAUGUGCAUUAAUUCACAAUAAAUCGGAAUACACCCUAUAAAAUUUAGUGUUUCUCAUCGUCAAGAUAUUAUUUAAUAAAUAUGUCUUUUUAAUGUUGGCACAUUUGAUUACUUGAUUGUUUCUUUGACACAGAAUAUAUGUUGAUUUUUUCUUGAA